AUGAAGAUGCAUCUUAGUGACGCAAACAGAGAGUACGACGACGAUGAAAUGCUGAAAGCAUUAAAAGCAUGUCUCACGUCCGACAAUUCAGGAGAGUCCAAUCCCAUCAAGAAAAUCCCUGAGGUUCUUGAAGAUUUCGGUGUUUGUCCAAUACCAGAUGGUUUUAGACAUACAUCACAAUUUCAAAAUUUGACGCAGGCAUAUGCUAAUAUUGCUUUAAAUAACGAAGGUAAAUAUUAUGUUAAGAAAGGUUACUGCGUGUGUCCGUUAUGUAUCGAAGGGAAGUGCGUGCACGUGGCAGCACUGAUAUGGAGUACGGCGCAACAGGGUGCCAGGACUCGAGCAAAUAAGCUUGAGAAAUAUCGCCAUGAUUCAGCCGUGACGAAAGCACCAAACGGUGAAUCAGAUGAUGAAAAUGUUGUGUGUACCAGUAGAUUAGGCAAUUGGGUCAUACCAUCAGGUAACGAAAAGAUGGACUUGAGAAUGGACCCCCACACAAUUGCCGAGAGACAAGAUGCGUUCGUACAACAAAGUGAUGAAGCGAAUACAGAACCCGAUAUACGGAAGCGGAAAGUACGCGAAGGCCUAUGUCAGAAACAGUACUUAAAGGAGUGUAUGAAAUUUUCUGGAUCCUUUAUCGUAUGCUGGGACACCGGAGGCGUUCGUAGUCAUGCGCAACAAUCAUAUAAAGCUGAUAGAUGAUGUGGCAGA